ACUGGACUUUGAGUGGCGCUAAAGAGGCCAUUGUUAUUUGGCAGCAAAACACGUUCUUUGGUUCUGUUUCACGUGCAGAACUGCAACGGAGAUCUGAAAUCCUCGAGCAGGCUGGCUGCGCCUACUAAGCCGAGCUUUAGCGUCAAACAUGGCGGAAAGGCAGCGGGCGCUCCCUUCGUGGAUGGCGAAGCGAGAGGUUAAACAUGGGAAACAACAGGCGCCAUUGAAGAGUCAGAGAAAGAGGGGAGCUGCAAGGGCUGCGUUUUACUGCAUGAACGAGGCGGAGCUGGUAGAAGCUGCAGUUUCACUUCUCACCAAGGGUUCCUGCGAGGACGCGACGUCCCCGCUUCACCAGCAGGUGGUUGAAAGGAAGGUAAAGCCCGCCUCCAGGCAGGAAGUGCACCCGGGCACUCCAGAGACGACAUCAAAGCCGGUGACGUCUCCUUUAGAGGAAGACUCCUCGGACUGUUGUGAUGACGAGGACAAGACGUACGUUUCAGAAACAGACCUGGACAUUACAGAGUUGGGGACCGUGCCCUACAUCAGCAACCCUCAGCAUCCUGAGCCCCGAGGGGAGGGACCAGGAUCCGCCCAGGGUUGCCGCCAACCCACGGGGAACAGUUUGCAAGCUGAGCGAGAAAUUGAGCGGCUGCAGACGGCGGCAGAGGAGGACGAUGCUUUACAGCUCGUACGAGAAAUCUUUUUCCACUGACUGUGUAGGUUUUGCAAAGUAAGUGUAGGAAAUUUGAGACCUCUAACAAGGCAGCGCACCAAACUUAUUUUGGAGGGAGCACUGCUUCCCCCUGAAGCCAAUCCAAUAAUUGACCUGGAUGUCACUUCAAUGGAUGUGAUAUAAUCCUUCCAGUUGAUCGCCGUUGCACUCGACCGUCUUAGGCUGUUAUAAACCAACAGGUUUUCCAUAACUAAGUGCACUUCAGGGGAAAUAAGUAAUGAUGUGAUGCUGAACAUUACAAACAUCCCCUCAGUAAUGAAUCAAUGUGAAACAGACGUGGUGUGGGGGAAGUACUGUAUGUUUCCGCAGACUAGCCUUACAGAACACAUAUUUAUUAAACUUGUGAUUUGUGUGUGGAAAUGACUGAAUGCAUUAGAGGUUCUUGGUCAUGUUUUGCAAUUAUAAAUGUAUGGUUCACAAACUAUGGUAAAA